UGUCCGCCUCCAUCGCACUGAUCCAUGCGCCGCACACGUCGAAGCACGUUUUUAGAACGUCGGUGAUAAUUGUUUGUGGGAAAGUUCUUAUUUUAGGGGCUGCCAAGUGCCACGUGCUAAUUUCUCAUUCCCACACUGUUUCGGUGCCGUUAGGCGGCCGGCUCGCUGGGCGCCCAUCGCUCCGCCCCCAGUCGGCCACCGGAGACGCAGGGCGGCGACAUGUCGCUCCGGGACGGCGCUGCAUCCGUGGGUCCGCGCAGCUCGGCCUCGCCCAGCUCGGAGAGUGAUGACGAGUGUCCUCGCGGCCCGGCCGACGGCCAGCCGACUCCAGAGGCGGCCGCCGGGCCGGACGGUGCCACCUCGCCCCUGCCCAAGGAGGGGCCGGCCGUGCUGCGGCCGACCACACCGCGCUCGCCGCGCACCCGCCAGCGCACCCUCUCCUACUCAGAGAUGAGCAAGAUAAAGACGACGGAUGACGCGCUGCCGCUGUACCGCGUGCCCGGCAACAACCGCCGGACCAUCUACACGGCCGGACGGCCGCCGUGGUACGGCGCAGACGGCCAGCUCGUCGAGCCCUUCAUCAUCGGCGUCUGCGGCGGCACCGCCUCCGGCAAAACGACCGUGGCCAAAAAGAUCAUAUCGGCGCUGGACGUGCAGUGGGUGACGCUACUCAGCAUGGACUCGUUCUACAAGAUCCUGGACGAUAAGCAGCAUGAGCUGGCGGCGACCAACGGUUACGACUUUGAUCACCCGGACUCGUUCGACUUUGAGCUGCUCCUGAAGACGCUGAGUCGCCUGAGGGACGGCAAGAAAGCUGACGUGCCCAUCUACAACUUCGUUACGCACAAGCGGGAGAGCACCACCAAGACCAUCUACGGUGCCAACGUCAUUAUCUUCGAAGGCAUCAUGGCGUUCUACAAUAAGCGCGUCCUGGACAUGCUGGACAUGAAGGUGUUUGUGGACACGGACUCCGACAUCCGCCUGGCGCGUCGGCUUAGGCGGGACGUCAAGGAACGUGGCCGAAAUGUCGAGGGCGUGAUCCAGCAGUACGACCGCUUCGUGAAGCCUGCCUUCGACCACUACAUCCAGCCGUCGAUGGUGCAUGCCGACAUCAUCGUACCUCGCGGCGGCGAGAACACGAUCGCCAUCAACCUGAUCGUGCAGCAUGUGACCUCUCAGCUGCAGCAGCGGGGUCUGCGGCUGCGCGAGAAACUGGCCAAGGGUCACCACCAGUCGGAGAAGGAGCCGCGCACACUCCACCUCCUGCCGAGCACGCAUCAGAUCAAGGGUCUUCACACGUUCAUCCGCGAUCGCAACACGCAGCGGGACGAGUUCAUCUUCUACAGCAAGCGGCUGAUGCGUCUGACGAUCGAGCACGCGCUCUCGCUGCUGCCGUUCCGCGAGGUGUCUGUGGACACCCCUCAGGGCCGGCCGUACUCGGGUCUGCGGCUGGACUCUGGCAGCGUCUGCGGUGUGAGCAUUCUGCGCGCCGGCGAGACCAUGGAGCAGGCGCUCUGUGAGGUCUGCAAGGACGUGCGCAUCGGCAAGAUGCUGAUCCAGACCAACCACGAGACGGACGAACCGGAGCUGUACUACCUGCGCCUGCCGCGCGACAUCAAGGAGUACUAUGUGUUCCUAAUGGACGCCACCGUGGCCACGGGCGCCGCCGCCAUGAUGGCUCUGCGCGUCCUGCUCGAUCACGACGUCCCCGAGGACCGCAUCUUCCUCUGCUCCCUCCUGAUGGCACGCUCUGGCGUACACAACAUCGCCUACGCCUUUCCGAAGGUGCGUAUCAUCACCUCAGCCGUGGAUCCAGAUGUCAACGACAUGUUCUACGUCAUCCCCGGCAUCGGAAACUUCGGCGACCGGUUCUUCGGCACCGAGGCGAAGUCGUGAGCGCUGACCAGUGAUAAAUGUGCGGAAGUGGUGGUAGAAGGCGGAGAAAUGGCGUGUGCGGUGAUGAGCUCUUUGACGUCAUUGUGAGUGAUGAUUCUGUUUUGAGCUGUGUGGCCAAGUGGCGCCAGUGGUAAAAUGAGCUGAACUGUGAGCGAGGUUGACUCUGGCUCGGAAAGUGUGAGCCUUUUGUUGAGAGUGUUGUGAGAAAGCACGGGUGUGACAUGACUUCAAUGUACAUGUUACAUGGGGUUUGAGAAAUCCGUGAGUUUGCAAACUCUGACCCAUCAGUGAUUUUGCAAACUCACUAGGGAGUUUACAAAUUCACUAGAAGUUUGCAAACUCACUGACCGGUCAGGGAGUUUGAGAAAUACCAGAGCGAUUGGGACAAAUAAAAAGCAAGUGUGUAGUAUGUGGGUGGCAUACGUGCCGUCCGUGAUGCUAAAACAAAGGCGGGUAGUUGUGGGGCCUCGCACGCUGACAAAAAGCUUAUAGAUCAAAUGCACACCAUAAAUACCUUCUUUUGAUUUUAAACUGCUCAGUGCUCUAGUCCAAACAUGUACCUACCGCCGCUUUAUUUAGUCGUACAUUUAUUUAGUUUGCGGCCCAAUUAUAUCCGUUCCACACUAUUCCAGAGACAGGCUCAAUAUAUCAAAGUAGAAACAGCUCAGUUGGUCACUUAUGCUAAAGUAUAGGCACACGCACCAAUUCACGCCCAUUCUCACUCCGCCAUGGACGUUUCAUCGAGAGCCGGCGCUGCUGGCAGCCAGUUGCGACUGGAGCACAUUGCUCCGAACCUCCGAAUACUACCUAGCCGCGAGAAGUAUUUUUUUUCUGAUAAAAAUCAAGGAUCUAUAAGCUUUUUUUCAGCGUGCGACGUUUAUAUAGGUCCUACCACCAGCCGCCUUUGUCUUAACAUCACGGACGGCACGUAGGUAUGCCACUCUCAUCUUACACACUUGUUUUUAUUUGUCCCAAUCGCUCUGAAAGUUCUCAAACUCCCUGACCGGUCAGUGAGUUUGCAAACUCUAGGGACUUUUUUAACUCCCUAGUGAGUUUGCGAACUCACUGACGGGUCAGGGAGUUUGCAAACUCACAUACUUCUCAAACUCCCUGUAACAUACAUAUAUAGAGCGAGCGUGAUCAAAAUAUCCGUCGCGCUGGAUGUUGUGUUGAAACACGGUAUCGCUGUUGGCUGUUGCUAAGUGUGCUGUCAUCGUAAUGUUCCGGCCACUGACUGUAUAUGUUACUGUAUAUUUUCCUAAUAGCGAACACAACCCUCGCAGAGAGGGAACAGUCGAGCCUGACUGGUGUGUCACUUGCUCGCUAUAUUUGUAUAUAAGACCUUGGGUGACCGGUCUCCUCAGCAAACAGCUCUCCUAUUGUGCCGAGCGUCUAUAUCAACUGAUGGUGUCAGCGCUCCGUGAUCGACCAGACUGUAAUGUACUUACCGCUCAAGCGCCGCGAACUCUCGUGAUCCUGCCAUAUGGGUUUUGUAAGUUACCAGGCUCUCUACGCGACACGAGCGUCCGUGACCUAAGCGUCACCGCUGAGGAGCCGUUCGUCUUGUAGAGGUAUCGCGCUGUGACGAACGCACUCAUUGAGGCUAGUCAGCGUCAGGUUGGAAACGCGUCGGUGGUUUUGGUUCUUUUUUUUCAUGACGGUGCCAUUUUUUGUUUUCAGUUUUGUUACCUACUGUAGUAUUACUUGGUGUCCGUGAGCUUCCUGUGCUAAACAAGUGUUGCCUUUACCAGCAUUUAUACUGCUUUUGCUAACCUUCAGAAGUAUGUCAGUGCAAUAAAUGUAAAAUACUUGUU